UAUAUGUAUCUAAAUAGGAUUUACAAAAAAGUCACCGAUCGACUUCGGGGAAUUUCUGGGAAACCACCUGCUUUCACCACCAUGCCAUAUCUUCACCGCCGGAGCUUCAUCACAGAUAAUAUAACUCGAUUGAGUAACAAGGGACUCAUCGAAUCCGCUAAGACGCAGCAAUAGAUUCAGUACAGCAUCAUGGCAUCUGCACGAUUCACAAAAGCUCUAGAGGGGACCGCCGUACUAUCCGGGUCAUUCCUAUCCGGUUCCAUGAUGACGAUCUCUCUAAUAUCAAUCCCCGUUGCACUCGAAACAGCAGCAGAGCCCUCCCAUCUCUUGCACCUGUGGACGUGCAUGUUCCACUACGGCCACCGUCUCCAUCCCACGAUAGCUGCCUUGACGUCUACACUCUACGGCUGCUGCGCGUUACGUCGAAGAGGAGCGAAUAAGUCCUGGGCUGCCUUUGCUUGGGCUGGCCUGCUAACAAUGUCCAUAUCCCCGUUUACGUGGCUGUUCUUACUGCCUACCAACAAAGUGAUCACGAAUCUGGUACAUGGGAGUCAGGGUGCGGGAGCUAUUGAAAUGGAGGAUGCUAGGCGGUUGGUUAUCAAGUGGAGCUGGAUGCAUCUUGUGAGAAGCAUUUUUCCGUUGGUUGGGGGGAUUAUUGCUAUGAAUCGGUUACCAUAGAUAUCUACCAGUGGGUGUUGGAAGGAAGGGAACCGGGAGUUCUAUCUAAGGUGUAUAGAGAAAGGUAUGUUUGUCAAUGCAUGGCGAAGUAUAUCUGUAUAUGUUAGUUCUAAGUCGCUUCGAAUAUACUUCCGUU